AUGGCGUCGUGGUACAAGGACCUGCUCUCCAACGCGUCGACCAACAUCUCCAAGCUGCAGCGCACCUACUUCGGUGGCGAGUCCGACGGCGACACCGACGACGACACCCACGUGUGCCGCGUGCUGCGCGCCUACUACGCCGAGAAGGGCCCGCAGCAGCCCCUGCCCGCCUGGCUGCCCCCGGACCCGCGCGCCCCGCCCCCGCAGCAGGCCGUUUAUGCGGCCGGUGGUGGUGCUGGUGGUGCUGGGCAGGGGCGGUAUGGGGGGUUGGGGCAGCAGGGUGCUGCCGGUGGUGGUGGGGGGUUGAGCAGUCUGUGGGGGGAUGGUGGUGGUGGUGGUGGUGGUGGUGGUGGGAAUAAUGCGGCUGGGCAGGGGCGGGCCCAGUUUGCGAGUAGUCGGAAUCCUUUUGCGAGUGGUGGUGAUGCGGGGCAACGGCCGGGGAUGGGUGGGCAGCGCGCGGGGAGUUACCAAACGGCGGGAGCGGGAGGGCUGAUGCGGUCAGCCCGGGAGCCAGCGUGCCCUCGGGAAGGCGGCAGCGCACAGGAGAAGUUGAAGCAGAGGCUCUGGAGCGGCGCGAGGACGACAAGCCCGAGUUCGGGCGGGCCGUUCCAGCCGCCCGGGACAGCAGCAGCAAAGGGCCCGCCACCGGCACAGCCGUCGGGGAACAGAUGGGGAUGGGGAAACCAGGGGGGCAGCGGGGGCGGUGGUGAUAGCGGCGGAUAUGGAGGGAGGGGAAGUGAACGCCCUGUCAUGAGCACGAAUGCGCUGUGGUCGGAUGGAGGAUACGAUAAUAAUUCAGGCGGCGGGUCAGGUGGCCGAGGACCAGCGGGUGGGAGAAGCUAUGGGCUGCCGAGCAACCCUAGGGGAGGGCUUCCCAGCGGUCCAAGGCCACGAUGA